AUGAUCGAUGCAAGCAAAAGGACCCAUGGUAUUAUUGUGGAUAAGUCCACCGUCGUCUACUAUGGGCAACCAUUGGAUCAAAUACCUCGAACUGCAUCUCAUGUGAUCAUUGAACCUUCGGCAAUCGCCAUUCCGUCAGGCACCUUCCAAGAAUGUGCCGAAAUCGUCAAGGUCGAGAUGCAUAAGAAGCUCAAGUCGAUCGGAUCAAGGGCAUUUCAAGAUUGCACUUCCCUUGAAGCAGUGCUCUUACCUAUACUUGUGAAAGUCAUUGGACGCAGGGCGUUUCAUGGCUGCACAUCGUUGAAAGUUGUUGUGAUGCCAAAUGGUCUGAGAGUCAUUGAAAGCGAGACAUUUCAAUACUGCAAAGCACUACAGAAGGUUUCAAUUCCAUCUACAGUGAAAAAAAUUGGAAAAUAUGCGUUCCUUGGCUGUGUCUCUCUUACGGAAGUGGACAUACCGCAUGGGAUAGUACAAAUCUCCGAAGGAACAUUUGUUUGUUGCAAGUCAUUGCGGCGGAUUCACAUGCCGCCCACUGUCGAAGUCAUUGGUGAAUAUGCGUUUGGAUUCUGUGGUUUUCUAACCGAUGUGACUCUACAAGAAGGACUCAAGGUAAUCAGUCGCGGGGCCUUCCAUCAUUGCGACGCUGUGACGUCGAUGGCCAUACCCUCCACCGUCGAAACCAUUGGCGCGUGGGCCUUUCGUUCGUGUACAUCCCUUGUCGAUGUGGAACUUCCAAAAGGUUUAAAAGUGAUUGCAAGUGAAGCCUUUUCCUGCUGCAUUUCGCUUGAGUCGAUCGCCGUGCCCACUACGGUGGAGAAAAUCGAAGAGGAAGCCUUUGACGCUUGCGAUUCAUUGUUGGAUGUGGACCUGCCAGAGGGUUUAAAAGUAAUCGACCGGGGAGCCUUUCAAUGCUGUACCUCACUCCAGGCUGUUCGAUUGCCAUUAACAGUCGAGCGCGUUGCCAAACAUUCGUUCAAUAACUGUACUGCCCUGGUUACUGUCGAGAUUACUGGAACUUCCACCAAGUUUGAGCCCAGGGCGUUUGCAGGAUGUGUUCUGCUUUCAAAUGUAGCGAUCCCGCCUGCUAUGAAGCCCGUUACAAAAGAUGAAGUCUUUUCCGGAUGUGUAGUUCUUCGUGAACAGUACCACUAUUGGAAUAUCCAGCGUGCUCUGAAGCACCGAUACGACCAUGCCGAAGUUCACAAGUAUUGCUACGAGGCAACUAACUCGACAGUGGAAGGGCUUGAGGACCGAAUCGAGUCCAACUCACGUGAGAACUUGCGUGACGACUUUAGAAUGACUCCAUUUCAUGUUGUGGCGUCAUCUGCCAAACCAAGUACUGACAUUUUCCAGGCACUCAUUGACGCAUACCCUACCGAGUCACUUUCUUGGAAAGACUGCCAACACAACCGUCCUAUUGACUACCUAUGCAGGAAUGGAUCCAAGAAUACGCAUAGAUUGAUCCAAAUGGUGCUAAAAGAGACAGUGCUCAACAGACUCCGAUUCUUGGGUUUUCUACCAUGGAGACAUGGGAUUGUCGAUCUCGUUGCUUCUGUCCGCUCCUUGCGAAAACCACGAGACAGAGAACAUCGAGUGAAAGCAAUCUAUACCAGAUUGGCGCUUUAUGAGCGAUUGGAAUCCAUUUCACUUUUGGAGGAAGCCUUGUGGAAAAUGAGAAUUGACUCAUUCCAUGCUGAACAUGAACAACAGACCCUUUCGGAUCAUGACACCAGGCAUCACUUGCGCUUUCGCUGUGGGGCGAGUGUAGCCAUUUCGCAUGUGUUGCCGUAUCUUGGAACGAUCCCAGAUGCCAAUUGA